GGCCCGCUGGGGUGUCGGCUCCGGCUCCGGCUCCGGCUCCCGCUCCCUCCGCCCGGCGCCAGCUGCUGCGAAGAGCCCGCGCCGCCCGCCCGCUCCGGCCGCCGGGAUGACGGCCACCUCCGAGAGCCUCUUCUCUUCUGGGGACGACGACCUGGACUCCAGCCAGUUACAGAUGGAACCCGAUGAGGUGGACACUCUGAAGGAGGGAGAGGACCCAGCUGACCGGAUGCACCCCUUUCUGGCCAUCUACAACAUUCAGCCUCUGAAAACACACCCUAUGGUGUUUGCCCCUGGAGUCCCUGUCACAGCCCAGGUGGUGGGCACCGAAAGAUACACGAGUGGAUCCAAGGUGGGAACAUGCACUCUGUAUUCUGUCCAAUUGACUCAUGGUGACUUUACCUGGACAACCAAGAAGAAAUUUCGCCACUUCCAGGAACUGCAUCGGGAUCUUCUGAGACACAAACUCUUGAUGAGUCUACUCCCUUUGGCUCGCUUUGCCAUCCCCUAUUCUCCAGAUCAAGAUGCACCCAACACAGAGAUACCAUCUCUCCCCCGAACAAGUCCUGAGGGCUCCUCUAGGCACACAUCCAGCAAGCAGAAAUACCUGGAAAAUUACCUCAACCACCUCUUGACCAUGUCUUUCUACCGAAACUACCAUGCCAUGACAGAGUUCUUGGAAGUCAGUCAGCUGUCCUUUAUCCCAGAUCUUGGCUGCAAAGGACUGGAGGGAGUGAUCCGGAAGCGCUCAGGCGGCCACCGUGUUCCUGGCUUCACCUGCUGUGGCCGAGACCAAGUUUGUUAUCGCUGGUCCAAGAGGUGGUUGGUGGUGAAGGAUUCCUUUCUGCUGUACAUGUGCCUCGAGACAGGUGUCAUCUCAUUUGUUCAGCUCUUUGACCCUGGUUUCGAGGUACAGGUUGGAAAAAAGAACACAGAGGCACGGUAUGGGGUCCGGAUCGACACCUCUCACAGAUCCCUUAUUCUCAAAUGCAGCAGCUACCGACAGGCACUGUGGUGGGGUCAGGAGAUCACUGAGCUGGCUCAGGGCCCUGGCAAAGAUUUCUUACAGUUUCACCGGCAUGACAGCUAUGCCCCACCCCGGCCUAGAACCCUGGCUCGAUGGUUUGUGAAUGGGGCAGGCUAUUUUGCUGCAGUGGCAGAUGCCAUCCUUCGAGCUCAAGAGGAGAUUUUCAUCACAGAUUGGUGGUUGAGUCCUGAGGUAUACCUGAAGCGUCCAGCCCAUUCAGAUGACUGGAGACUGGACAUUAUGCUCAAAAAGAAGGCGGAGGAGGGUGUCCGUAUAUCUAUACUGCUGUUUAAAGAAGUGGAGUUGGCCUUGGGCAUCAAUAGUGGCUACAGCAAAAGGACCCUGAUGAUGCUGCACCCCAACAUAAAGGUGAUGCGUCACCCAGACUAUGUGACACUAUGGGCCCAUCAUGAAAAGCUCCUAGUGGUAGACCAAAUAGUGGCCUUCUUAGGUGGGCUGGACCUUGCCUAUGGCCGCUGGGAUGACCUGCACUACCGACUGACUGAUCUUGGGAAGUCUUCUGAAUCAGUUUCCCCACAGUCUCCCACCUCCUGCUCAGACCCUGUAUCUUCCCUGGAUCUCUCUAAUAACCAGUGCUUCUGGCUGGGCAAGGACUAUAGCAAUCUUAUCACUAAGGACUGGGUGCAACUGGAUCGUCCUUUUGAAGAUUUUAUUGACAGGGAGACCAUGCCCCGGAUGCCAUGGCGAGAUGUUGGAGUGGUAGUGCAUGGACCCUCUGCCCGCGACCUUGCCCGGCACUUCAUCCAGCGCUGGAACUUCACAAAGACUACCAAGGCCAAGUACAAGUCAUCUGCAUACCCGUACAUGUUGCCCAAGUCCAUCAGCACUGCACAUCAUCUCCCUUUCACGCUCCCAGGUGGGCAGUGUGCCACUGUACAGGUCUUACGGUCAGUGGACCGCUGGUCAGCGGGCACUCUGGAAAACUCCAUCCUCAAUGCUUACUUGCAUACCAUCAGGGAGAGCCAGCACUUCCUCUACAUUGAGAAUCAGUUCUUCAUUAGCUGCUCAGAUGGGCGAACAGUUCUGAACAAGGUGGGCGAUGAAAUUGUGGACAGAAUCCUCAAGGCCCACAAACAGGGCCAGUGCUUCCGAGUCUAUGUGCUUUUGCCCCUGCUCCCUGGUUUUGAGGGGGACAUCUCUACUGGUGGUGGCAAUUCCAUCCAGGCCAUUUUGCACUAUACUUACAGAACAUUAUGUCGUGGGGAAUAUUCAAUCCUACAUCGCCUCAAAGCAGCCAUGGGGACAGCAUGGCGAGACUAUAUGUCCAUCUGUGGGCUUCGCACACAUGGAGAGCUGGCUGGACACCCAGUCUCUGAGCUCAUCUAUAUUCACAGCAAGAUGCUGAUUGCAGAUGACCGGACAGUCAUUAUUGGCUCUGCAAACAUCAAUGACCGGAGCUUGCUGGGGAAGCGCGAUAGUGAGCUGGCCGUGCUGAUUGAGGACACAGAAAUGGAGCCAUCCCUCAUGGAUGGUGUGGAGUAUCAGGCGGGCAGAUUUGCCUUGAGUUUGCGGAAGCACUGUUUCAGUGUGAUUCUAGGGGCAGAUGCCCAACCCAACUUGGAUCUUCGAGACCCCAUCUGUGAUGACUUUUUCCAAUUGUGGCAAGACACAGCUGAGAAUAAUGCUAAUAUCUAUGAGCAGAUCUUUCGUUGCCUACCAUCCAAUGCCACACGCUCCCUCCGGGUUCUCCGGGAAUAUGUAGCUGUGGAGCCCCUAGCCACAGUCAGCCCUUCCUUGGCACAGUCUGAGCUCAGUCAUGUCAAGGGCCAUCUGGUUCACUUCCCUCUCAAGUUCCUGGAGGAUGAGUCUUUGCUGCCUCCCCUGGGGAGUAAAGAGGGUGUGAUGCCUCUGGAAGUGUGGACAUAGUGCUGGCUCCAAUUCUCUAGCUGCUGGGCUUCACAGCGCCUGGCUCCCUGCUUCAUAAGCCUGAGGACUGAGGGCAGUGCUCUCUGAGACCUAGGAGGCAGCCAGCCUUGAAGAAGCCUGGAGAAGUCACCAAGGACCUGUUCUCAAGAAGUAGCCAAAAAGGACAGUCCCAACCUUGGUCUUGGAGGCAAAAGGGUCCCAGAGAUGUUUCUCUUCCUUGCUUCCUAAUUCAAACCACUGCUACAGAGAGGCAUCGCUGCUGCCAGGACAUCUGGACUAAAUCUCUGUUUCACAAGGAGAGAGCUCUGCUCUGAAUGGAACAGCUCUCCCUUCUUUUCCAGUUCUUCCUUCCUCUUCUGCUCUGAGAUUCCCCUCCCUACCCAUGUGUCUCUCCCAGCCUGUUGCUGCCAGGGUGGAGAGAAGGCUGUUGCCAGUUUCGUCUUCAGACCCUACAGUGGGGGAGAGGAAAUGGGGGGCUGUGCACACUAAUUCUCCUCAAAAACCUGCUAACAGACACUAACUUUGUAUCAGUUCAACAAAUGUUUUAUAGAUAAAAACAUAGCAAAGGC